GUACUUAACUUUACUUUGCACUGCGAUGCACUCUUUGAGAAAUAAGUCCGGCUUUAGCAAGGACAAGAAUUGGGUGUAUCGGCAAGAAAGCGAUAUAUGUAUGUUGCACUUGUUUAAAUCGUUUAUGGGGGCUGCUCCACAGUUGAUAUUGCAGCUGUAUAUCAUUGCGAUGUUAAAACACACGCCGUUUUGGACGAGUGCCUCCGCCGUGACCUCCUUCUGCUCCUUAACAUGGGCAGUGAGUACAUACGUUAAGGCUAUGUACAAUAUCAAUCGAGAGCGCAGCAGUGUGACUUGGGUCGCUCUCGCUCUUCAGGCUGUCUGGCGCAGCGGUAUGCUGUUGUCGAGAGUCGUAGUUCUGGUACUAGCGCUUAUUUUCCUGAAAGCAUGGUUCUUUUUAUUUCUGGGUCUGCAUUGGUUGUCUAUGACAGUCUGGGUGAUCUUGCAGAAGACAAAGUUCUGUUCUACCGCGUGGGAGGAGCGCAUCUACAAUUGUGUCAUCGGGCUAAUCUACUGCUUUGACUUCUUCAACUUGCGCGACGAUAGAUCGCGCUAUCGCGUGCUUAUCUUUUAUUCGGUGGUCGCAGCACAGAAUCUGUUCUUCCUGAUCAUGUAUAUAUUACAUUUCGGGGGAACUAUCGAGAGUAUCACGAUGAUUAUGAUUGUGUCCGUGAUAAUCGGCUUUAUGCUCAUCAGUCUGGCAAGCAUGUCACUAUAUUACGGCAAGUUUCAUCCAUCAAAAACGACGACAAACAUCUCUCGAAAUAUCAGCGAGCAUUCUACAAUUACGAAGGUUGACGCAUCCAGAUCUUUUAAACUGUUCCAUCGCGACUCCUUGGUGUCGUUGCACCACUCCAUGGACAUAUCGCCGAAGACCGAGGAAGUGCCUACUGACAAGCAAUCUUUGCUUACAAAUAUUGCGCAAAUUUCCGAUUGCGUAGAAGAAGGCAUUGUCAAUUGCAACUACAGCUCGGAGAAUGAGUCCAACGCGAGCGCCUUGCGCCUCUCUACAGAAUGCGAGAGGCCACACAGUCGCGUUGGUGUCAAACACAAGGAGGAAGUCACAUCAGUUAAUGAUAAUCCGGACAACGUGACUACAAGUAGUGCGCCGUUGAACUCUCCGUAUUCUGGCUUACCUGACAUCGACUCAUCCCGUAAACGUCGUGGCAUUUACGAGCACGAUAUUACACCCCAAUUAGACUGGCAUGCGCCAGAUAUAUUGAAUAUCAAUUUGGACAAACUUGGUUUCGAUAACUGCGAGCGGAGCAAUUCUCUUACGCUGGAUUCUUGCAGUAAAGUGAUCGGCGCGUUGGACAUUAUUAAGAACAGAGAAAAGCUUACGACUCCAACGCCAUUGGAAAGCAGCAGGAUAUUCGAUAUAGAGAAGCAGCGGGACGAAACGAUGAGCUGCGUGACGUCGAUUCACGAUUAUGAAAAUGUGUGCCCGCUAGGAAUCGCUCGGCCGCCUUGGUGUAUCCGCAGCUGGAAGGGCUAUACAGACAUUGAGACAUACAUCCACGAUGAUAGUGUGGUGCGUGAUAGGCGGCGAGAUACUCUAACGAGCACGACCGGCACAACAUACAGCUCGGAAUACUCUGACGGUAUGAUCUCACGAGGAAUAUUAAAGCAGGAUGAUUACGCGGACGCUCUGACUUACGAUUUGGUGGAAUCUAAGGGCAAUAAAUCAUCUUACGGCGAUAGCACAUUCUCCACAUCCGCUGAUGAUCAAAAUGCCAGUCUAUAUGUAGCCAAGCCAGUGGUGUUCGAUGACCGGGGCGGUAUGCUUGCGUUGGACACGAUAUUGGAGGAGCGCGAUGAUUUGUCGGAUGAGAAGUUUCAACACGGGACAGAGCCAUCGCGCGAUUCCGCGAGUACUCUCGUGAGCACGAUAGAUCAGAUUAGGCGGUAUACAGCGGAUAAUUCGCCACGACAUAUCUAUCACACCACUGGGACUCAUUGGGAAGACCUGAAUCCCAAGAAUUUGAUGACGCAGGCGCGCUUUGCCAAAGUAUUGUUCAAUAAUGAUCUCAGGAACGCCUCGACGACGACCGGUUCGAUCGAUCUGACCGCAUGGGACGUCGAGAAACGCGAAAUAGACGCAUUCAGGGAGUUUGUUCGGUGCUGUGCUAUCGAAUCCAUCAAGAAGACGCCUUUAAUAGACGCUGUCUUGUCCGAUUCACCGAUUUUGGACAAGGCGAGCAAGCUCAUGCGACAAGUCACGUUCGCGGAUUGCAAGAACGAUUUUGACACGAAUGAGAGUGACCUUUACGUUGAAAUGAGUCCCUUGGUAUCCGUUGAAAACGGCGAUAAUCUGUGUCAAGCCAGGUCUAUUGACGCUAAAACUGCCGAGACGGAAAGCGUCAUCAAGAGAAACACUCUUCCCACAGUAUCGAAAAAAUCGCCAAAUAAAGAGAAUCUGUCACCGAGCUUGUCGAACAACAACAGGCAGAUUAAUAAUAUAGACGAUAACAGGGACAAUAAUGAUAGUCACGCUUGGACUAUAGAAAAAGAUGAGAAAACUGACAAAUCGCUGUGCAACAUGCGUUUCAAUCUGAAGGAGAAGAGGCACUUAUUUUUGGAGCAGGUUCUCUCGCCGGUUCCAAAACUCUGGAACAAACGGAUCUCCUUUCACCCAAGCACCAAAAAUUUAUAAUAAACGCAUUCUUUGAUUUUUUCACUCCUGUUUCA